GUUAGCAAUCAUGUUUAUGGGAAAAGUGCUCUGCCGUGUGACUCCACGUCAAUUGAUGGCGUCGCGACUAAUCGCCAGCUCGAUGCUCCGCCGUGACGUCAAGACACCGAUUCAGGAAUGGGGAUGGACGUACCUUCAGCGUCAGAAGGCCCUUGGACGACCUAUUGCGCCACAUCUCACUGUUUAUAAGCCUCAACUCACUUGGAUGGUUUCUGGCUUCCACCGUGUAACAGGAUGUGCAAUGGCUGGUACGCUGCUCAUUGGAGGGGUUGGUUUCGCGUUGGCGCCGUUCAACUUCACGCAGUUUGUCGACUACAUCCGUAGUUGGCACAUUCCACCAGUGGUCACCUCGGUUUUC